GUUAGGAUCAUCUCCAGAUCCAAAUGGCGGCUAACGGACACCUCGAGGCGCCCCCUUAGUCGAUGGUCGAAAGUCACUGUUGCGUCCCCUCCAUCUAGUACAAACGCAAUGCUGCGCAACGCAAAACCCGCCGACAAGUCCGCAUCUUCGGACGUCACCCUGACCGUCCAGGAAGAGCAAUUCCUGGUGCAGCCCGACAAGGACAAGGAGAACAAACCAGCGGUCAAGAGCGCAGCAAAGCCAGGAUCAACCAAUUCUUCAGCACCAACGAAGAUCCUGUUCCUGGACGGCGUGCGUGGCCUCGCAGCUCUGAUGGUCUGCACUUCACACUCGAAGGAAUACAUGGCGGAUAUCGACCUUGGAGCCAUUGCAGUCGACGCGUUCUUCGUGCUGUCAUCCUUCCUACUGACAUGGCUCUUCAUGAAGAAGAGUAUCCGACUAUUAGCACAAGGUGCAAGUAUCCGAAAGUGGAUGUUCACCCUGGCCGACUACUUCUCCAAACGGUUCUGUAGAGUGUAUCCAUUAUUUGCACUGACAAGCUUCGUGAUCUGGUUACUGCCUCCUGAAGCGAAGAAGCGGUACUAUUUGAUCCAGAAACCAGAAGAUUUCGAUCUGUACAAGGUGCUGACGUUCGAGUUCGACUACCGCUACUUUGUGUUUUGGACCCUACCACUCGAGAUCACUUACUAUUUCUUCAUCCCGGUGUUUGUGCUUGGUGUGCUCGCAUUGCGUCGGUUCUGGUUUGUACCAUUCUUCCCGGCGUAUUACUGGGUCAUCAAUGAAGGCUGGUAUCAAUUCCGAACAAGUCACAUGGAGCUACGCCCUCACUUCCCGACGUUUGUCGCCGGUUCGAUGGCUGCAGUCAUAUUCGUAAAAAUGGACACGUGGAUUAAAACAACCGGCUUUGAGUUCCGCAAGUGGCACGUCGUGGUGAUUCGUGUCGUCGAGUACAUCACGAUUGCAGUAUUUCUGAGUAUUACCUUCCACGGUUUGUUCUUCCAUUGGGUACAUGAAAAUCCGGCACCAAAGGAAAAAGGGUUUUCGUUCAUCAGUCUGCCAUUGACGAUGAUUUUUGUGAUCGAAAUGAUCCUACCGUCUUGUGUUUCCGGUAUCUUUGAGUGGAGUGUGCUGCGGUAUUGGGGGAAGAUCAGCUUUUCGGUCUACUUGCUGCACAGCUUCGUGCUCUACGCGUACUUGGUCGGCUCGCAGCCGAACUGGUACGAUAAGGUGUUUUCUCGCUUUGGGCUGAUCUUGCUGCUGUCUACGGUCUCCUAUCACUUGGUCGAGUAUCCAUCGCAGUUGCUAUCACAACGAAUCACUAAGGCGUUAGAGGAGCAGGAAAAGAAGGGCUCUGGUGGGAUGGCUACUUGUCUGGGCGACUGGUCCAACCCGCAACGAGUGCUGGCAAACCGAUUGGCGCGGGCUCAGGAAGCCAAGUCCUCUGGGACUUUAAAGAGUGUGGUGCACAAGAUAAGAAGCAGCUCGAUGUCGCUGGCCAUGAGCAAGCCACACGAGUCGAUAGCGUGAGCGAUAUAUGUGUUGUGUGUAGUGCAUUUGUUGAACUCUGUCAAGAGAUAACUAGAUAUACAUCUAUUCAACCGCAAGCGCAUUGAUCCUUGC